AUGGCUCGCCCCAGGGCAGCGCGAUGGAAUCCCUUCGCGUUCAAUCGCUUGCCAGUGACGAUUGCCGUGACUCUUAUCUAUGUCGCACUGAUAAUUCCGCUCAUUGUUGUCGAGCAUGUUCUCCCUCCAAUCCCGACCUCGAACCCGAAAGGCCUAGACUUGCACGAAGCAUGGCAAGAUCUACAGCAUUUGACAAGCGGGUUUCAUCCGUACAAUUCUCGGAAUAAUGACGACGUGCGGAGCUGGCUGUUGAGUCGCAUUGAUGAGAUAUUGAACGAAAAUGCGGCGGCGGCGCGCGAUGUAAAGAAAGCCCAGGGAAAACAAGAGCGGAAUGCCCCUCAGACCUUUGUCUUUGAUGACAAUCAAUCGAAUUUGACCGUUGUUCAGUCGCACCUUGGGGUAUAUUUCGAGGGUACAAAUAUCAUGGUAUAUAUUCGUGGUCGCGAGGAUGAUAAGAGAGAGUGGUGGAAGGAACCAGGCCUCAGCCCUUCAGGAAAAGGUGGAGUGCUUGUUAAUGCUCAUUAUGAUAGUGUUUCGACUGGUUAUGGCGCUACUGAUGACGGUGUUGGUGUUAUUUCAUGUCUGCAACUCAUCAAGUACUUCACCACGCCGGGACAUGAGCCUCUACGAGGACUUGUUGUGCUUUUCAACAAUGGGGAGGAAGACUUUUUGAAUGGUGCACGUGUCUAUAGCCAGCACCCUAUCUCAAAAUUGGCUCACACAUUCCUGAAUCUUGAAGGCGCUGGAGCCGGUGGGCGGGCGACGUUGUUUCGCAGCUCUGAUACCGAAGUUAGUAGGUUCUACGGACGAUCUCCAUACCCAUUUGGCAGCGUGUUCUCGGAUGCUGGAUUCAAAUCUGGCAUGAUCAGAAGCCAAACGGAUUAUAUUGUCUUCGAGGGCGACAUGGGCCUGCGUGGUCUGGACGUUGCUUUUAUGGAGCCCCGAGCCAGGUAUCACACGAAUCAAGACGAUGCUAAGCAUACUAGCCAGCAGUCUGUCUGGCAUAUGUUGUCUGCUGCAGUUGCUACAACUGAGGGCUUAGUCUCGGACACCAGUCGCGAUUUUGAGGGUCGUCCGCAAGGGCCUGGAAAGGUGCCCAGCGGAACUGGCUCCGUAGCUGUCUGGUUUGAUUUAUUUGGCACCGCAUUCGCAGUGUUUGAACUACAUACCCUCUUCGCACUUUCGGUCACCCUGCUUAUUGUAGGCCCCCUGACAUUGUUUAUCACAAGUAUUAUUCUAGCCAACCAGGAUCGCAUGUACUUGUUUGGCAUUUCCGUUUCGGUUGACGACGGCUUUGGCAAUGUACCACUACGAGGCUGGAGGGGUUUCUUCCGAUUCCCAUUUAUCUUUGUCAGUACUACUGCAAGUGUUGUGGGUUUGGCUUACCUAUUGGCCAAAAUCAACCCCAUGAUCGCUCAUAGCAGCGAAUAUGCAGUCUGGAGCAUGAUGAUUUCAGCGUGGGUUUUUGUCGCGUGGUUUUUAUCCCGUAUUGCAAAUUUUGCUCGACCCUCAGCUUUGCACCGUAUAUACGUCUUGACUUGGAUGUUCAUAUUGACUUGGGUACUCCUUGUGAUUACUACUGUGUACGAAAACCGGGAUGGUAUUGCAAGUGGCUAUUUUGUCCUUUUCUAUGCUUUUGGGACUUUUUUGGCAACGUGGAUUUCUUACCUGGAGCUUUUCUCUUUACCUGGGAAGAGCGAAUACGCCAACAGAUUGAACGGACAGACGUCUUCAAGACGGACAAGUCUCGGUGGCAGUCGUCUUAUGACACCCAGUGCAGAAUCUGUUAAUCAACAUCAAGAGGACGAGGAGCCUACCGAGUCAACGUCUCUUCUGCGAGGGAACCGAACAACCUUUGCCAAUUACACGCGAUCUGGAGAGGAUGAUGGUGAUGCAACCACGUCAGCGACUGAUGAAUUCGAAACACGAGACUUCAAUGUAUACGGCUACGAGCAGCCUUGGAGCGCAAAUAUGCCUAAAUGGACGUGGCUCCUGCAGUUUCUUCUGAUUGCUCCCAUUGUGAUCAUUCUCAUUGGGCAACUCGGUCUCCUUGUCACAGCAGCUGUCAACCAAACCGCGCAGGACGGCAGUUCUGCUCUAAUGCCGUAUCUGAUAAUCUCCGCCUUUACUACGCUACUUCUCGCCCCUACUCUUCCCUUCAUCCAUCGAUACACAUACCACGUGCCCACUUUCUUGUUCUUUGUGUUCGUUGCUACCCUGAUUUAUAAUCUUACGGCAUUUCCUUUCUCAGGCAACAAUCGACUGAAGCUCUUUUUCUUGCAAGAAGUGGACCUUGAUAGUGGUAUGAACCGUGCAUCCUUGCUCGGUAUUUCCCCGUUUGUCAACGAUGCUGUUGCAUCGAUACCCAGCACCUAUGGUCAGAAUGUAUCCUGCAUCUCGAAGCUAGAUAGAACGGAAUGCUCCUGGGAGAGCAUUAUGCCGCACGUUAUUACUAAACCCGGUUCCGAAGAGGAAGAGCCCCCACUAAACGAAUGGGUGAAAUACAGCGCCACGCGACUUGUAUCGGGGCAGCCAAACAGAAACAACCGUGCACAGAUCCAGAUAGGCGGCUUGAAUACGCGUGGCUGCGUGCUGUUGUUUGAUAAACCCCUUUCUCAAUUCCACGUCGCUGGUUCGGCGAUUGAUAACCGAUUCCCGAGUAAUCCGUCCCCGGAAGAUGAAGGGGGUAUUCGAGAGAUUCGCUUGUGGAGCCGCACUUGGGGGAAUGAAUGGAUUGUAGAUGUUGAGUGGACUCCAGAGGAGGAUGAUAAUACAGAUACUCUGACUGGGAAAGCGACCUGUCUCUGGAGCGAUGCAAAUACGCCGGGGUUGAUUCCGGCGCUCGAUGAAGUUAUCCAGUAUAGUCCGGACUGGACUGCCAUUACGAAGAUCGAUGCUGGGUUGGUGAAAGGAAGUCGAUCUUUCGAGGCGUGA